ACUGAGGGAAGUGAAUUUCACAAAAGAAUCCAUGGCGAUGAAUGGUAGACAACAAGGAGCUGAGUUUUUUGGAGCUGGGAUUAAUUGUGAAAGAGAACCUUUGAACCCAGUGGGAACGACUCAUAAAACUGAAUAACUUCCCCACAGCAGCCAGAGGCUCACACUGCAAAAAAGCAGGGAGUGCAAAGAGAGGAGAGGCGCAAUAAAUAAAAAUUAAAGAAGUAACAAAUGGUGAAAAUUUCACAUCACAGAGCACUGUUGCCUCGGACUAUAGUCACAUAGAUUUAAGUUAUUAAAUAAAAUUGUUUCUGUUCCUUUUUUUCAGACUGAGGCCUGAAGAUCUACUCACUGCGAAAGCCUGCACCUCUUGAAGUUGCGCGAGCGACAGGGAAACUUGUCCUUGUCGAAUUUAAAAUGUUAACAUAUUACAGUGCUGCACACGAGGAUUUGAUUUACCAUUUUAAAAGUGAAUUACAUUAUAAUCUCGACAGAUUAUAGUUACUUAGAUACAAAGUGACUCAAAUAAUUUUAAAGACAUGUUCCUUCCUUUGCGCCCAAUUCAAGCGAACACCCGGCGGACACUUUCAAAGGACGGACCGUACUUCCGGUUCUGGUAUCCUAGCAACCGGUGACCCAGCAGCAUCAACACACUUUUCCUUCAGCCUUGGAGAAGUUUCAGUCAGCACUUCGAAGUCGUCUUGCUUUCUUUGUUUAUCUUCUUUUUUAAAAUUUUUCUUUUGUGCAAGUUUCUUACAGAAUUUUCUCCUCAAUUGUUUUAUCGCCUUCAUUUUCCUUACUCAUCUCGUGGCUCCACUCGAAGCAAACGUCGAAACUGCUCUGAAUCAGUAGCUUUGAGUUUAGAAAGUUUGUUUGAGGACUGCAAUACUGUGAAUAUUAAAGAGAAUGCUAAGCUACAAUCAAAAAUAUCUGCAGAUUCCAACUCCUUCUGAGCAGAAUUGGAUUGAAGAUCACGCUGAUGACUACUACCUGAAGGAUCCGGAUCAGAGGCUCGAUGAAUUGCCCCAACCAUUCAGAAUGAUUGAUAAAUUAAUUGGACACAUCAUAGACAAUGCUUGGGACAACAUUGAGAAAAGAGAAGCAGAAAGAGAAGCUGAAAAAUUAAAGAUAAAACCACCUACUCGUGAAACUUCAAAGGAAAUUCUGCUUCCUGGCAAUUUAAACUGUUUUGCAAACAUUGUGGAUGGGAACGAUAUCUUUGCUGGCGUGUCUGAAGGUGUGGUGGUUCUGAACCAGGAGGAUCACACUAUUAGAUCUGUUUGGAGAAUGGAAGGUGUGGACAUUGUUGCUCUUCAAGUAAGGCAUGUUGGAGGCCAGCUGUACCUGCUUGCUGCUCUAGAUGACAUAGGUGUUGCACGUCUUCUUUUUUCUUAUGGAGAUAUCACUUCCUUGAUAAAAGUCUUCAAUGCAUUUGACAACGUAACUGAAAAAAUCACUUGUAGUAAAUUUGAGAUAUCAGAAGGUGGAGAUUAUGCUGCUUUAACUCUUGAAGGAAAGGGUGAAUCCUGGCUGGAGGUGCAUCGACUGCAGAAGGAUAAUUGGGCUCAAGAAUUGGAUCAGUUUGAAAAGCUCAUGACACUUAACGAGCAAACAGGAAAACGUCCCUUGCAGACAAGCUCUGUGCCUGUUUCGCAGACCCAGCAAGAACCCGCACCUGCUAAUAAGCAAAUUAAUCAACCAAGUAUACAAGAUAUUAAACUGACUCCUGCCAUUCUAGUGAUGAAACAAAGAUACAAGCAGAUUGCAGAUCAUCUGUGGAAAAAUCCAUUUGAUGCCCUUCAGAAGCUUGAUGAUGCCAACAUAAUUGGUACAGGCCAAAAUCAUGUCAUUUCUCCUCAGCAGUGGAGUGAGGAAAAGAAAAUGUUUGAAGAAAUGUAUCAGUUGUAUCUUUCCAAAGACACCACAGAACAGAGUGAAGAAAAGCAAAGUCAUUUCAGUCAAGCAAUGUUUCAUUUUAUUAACCUCGGACGAAUUCUUCCAGCGGGUCUGGAGCAGAAAACUCAAACUGGAAUUCCCAAUGCCUUAUGUUUGUGGUGGAAUGGCAGCCACAUUCUGUUCCAUUAUGUACUGAAAAUACCUGUAGGGAAAGAAAAGAUAGAACUGGAACCAAAAGCUGACAUUGUCUGGCCCAAUGCUUCUGCAAUCACUUGUUCUGCUGUGAAAAUGUGUGCAUCUCUCUUGGUGAUUGCCCUUGCAGAUGGAACAGUCACAAUCUGGGAUUUGUAUUUAGGCAUUCCAAUAUCAGUCUUAUCAGUUUCAACAGACAGUAUCAUUCAGACUCUGCACUUUCUCGAGUCCGACUUUUGUGUUCCUUUUGGAUUAUCUGAUGAAUACAGAAAAGUUCAUAUAUUGGUAACUUGCAAAAAUGGUGAGGCCUACCUUGCAACAGCGACUAAACAUGCAGAAUCCAGCCUCUUCACAUUGAGAGAGAGGAAUGAAGAGCCAGGAAAUGCCAUUAGUGGAGUAGCACUUGUACCAAAAUUGUCAAAGUUUCUACUCAUCUUUACAACGGGCACAAUAGCUUUGUUUGACUUCACUGGUGGGGAUGUUUUGUGCCACUUCAUUUUGCCUUUCCCGUACGUAAUAGCAUCAUCAUGGGAGCCAGUGUUUGCUUUUGACAGAGAUGGCAAAUUUCUCUUCAUUAAAGGAGAUAAAAGGAUGGGUGUAGACUCCCCCAAUGGGAAUGAAAACAGAAACUCGUUAUUUGCCUUCUCCUUGCUCUUCCUUUUCUCACUAGACAGUUGUACAAAGGAAAAACAGCUCUUACAGCCUUCUUCACAGAAUACUUGGGAAGUAAGAUGUGAACAUUUUCUGCAGGAAAGAUUGAAUUCUCUGAAGAGCAGAAAUGAAGAAAUGACAAAGUGUUGGAAUCAGCUUCAGCACCAUGCCAUAAUAGUCAAUGAAAGAAGAGAAGCUAAAUAAAAAUGACACAUUCAGUAUAAUAGGAAGAACAUCACAAGAGAUUGGGAUAUAACAGUGAAGGAUUUCUCAUUCUGUUGUGUUUGCUGAAUGGUUUCUAAAAUGAAGCUUUCAGACUUGAAAUGUCAAUCCAAAGCAACUGAAAUUGGAAGUUAUACAGACUGUAGAAGGAUUGGGGGAACAGUUAACCUUGUGUUGCUCCUCUGCAACUCUAUAUACUGAUGCAUCAAAUGCUGCACCUCUAGACAACAGGUAAAUUUGCAUCAAUUGCAUCAUUUUGAAAUAGUGGGAAUAAUUGUGCAAGGUUUAAUGCUGACGCUAAGGGUCACUUGAAUCCUAUGUGUAACUGCCCAUUUGUCUAGUGAUGUUUUUCACUGGCAACAGAGUUUUGCAACUGUCUCUUUUUAAUAAAUUAUAAUCCUGAAUAUCCUAUUCCUUUUUAAGUUUUGUCUCCUGCCAUUGACUCAUGCCUGGAGUACAAUUGACCAUUAUUGCAGAGCUAUUACCUAGUAGUCUGCCAGGGGACUUCUUACUUUAC